UGCUCAGGAAUCGCAGUGAGGAGGUUGGCUCCCCAGGGAGAGCAGGAUGUGUGUGCAACAAACACGAGCCUGAGCCUGCCGGGCUGCCCGCCCAGACGCACUGCCUGCUCCUCCACGGCGGCGCGGAUCGCUUAUGCAUCACCUCCAGACAUUCAAAGCAUUUCCCCUAAGCCACUGACGAGUUUUGUUUCGUUUUCCGCCAGAGGCGAGAAAACCGCCUCCCUGCGGAGCUGCGUUUCUACGAAACCACGAAAAACAGACCGAAAAGAAACGAGGAAAAAGAACCUUGCUCUUCUCCACAGCUCAUUGUCUGGGAUGAGGGGAGGUGGCUGCAGGCCGCGGUGCGGAGGCCGGCUCCGGCAGGGCUCAUGUAAUCAAAGGAGUUUGUUUGUGUAUCUUUUCAGAGCACAACAGGAAUUCAAAAUGAAUCAGAACACAACUGAAUCUGCUGUUGCUGUGGAGACCUUAGAUGAUGUACCUGAGCAUGUGCUUAGGGGACUUCCUGAAGACGUGAGGCUCUUCCCAUCGGCUGUUGACAAGACACGGCUUGGUGUCUGGGCAACAAAAUCGAUUUUAAAAGGCAAGAAGUUUGGACCAUUUGUUGGUGACAAGAAGAAAAGAUCUCAAGUUAAGAGCAACGUUUACAUGUGGGAGGUGUAUUACCCCAACUUGGGCUGGAUGUGUGUUGAUGCAACUGAUCCAGCCAAGGGGAACUGGCUGCGCUAUAUCAACUGGGCACGCUCAGGCAAGGAGCAAAAUCUUUUUCCUCUGGAGAUCAACAGGACCAUCUACUACAAAAGUUUAAAGCCAAUCGCGCCCGGCGAGGAGCUGUUGGUGUGGUACAAUGGGGAGGACGACCCGGAGAUAGCCGCCGCUAUUGAGGAAGAGCGAGCCAGCGCCCGGAGCCGCCGGCACUCCCCGAAAGCCAGGAAAGGAAAGAAAAAGACUCAGGAAGGUAAAAACAAGGGAAAGAAGGCAGCUGAUACAAAACAGAAAAAGGCUGAUUUGGAUUCUACUUCUGCAGAUAUGAGGGAUUCUAAAGAGGGUCAUAAAGAGGAAGAUGAAACACCCUCUGCUUCUACUGUGCUCUCUGUGGAGCAAACAGCUGUGAUUCAGGAGAUGGUAAAUCAGGAGGUACUUCCAAAGCUGAUGAUCCCCAGUCCUGCCAGUGAACCACAAACAGUGACUGAAGACAAGCAAGAAGAAAUAAUAAACUGUGCAUCAGAUGAUUUAGAUGAUGAUGAAGAGGAGGAUGAUGAAGAGGAAGAAGAAGAGGAGGAAAUAGAAGAUACCAGUAUGCCUAAAGAAAAUGCUGAAAUGCCUUUGGUGUGUGAAGAGAAGUUAGAGUCUGUGGAAGAGCAAAAGAGUCUGUCGGAAGAAUCUCCAGAAAGCUCUCCAAAGAAAAAGCUUGUUGUGAAAAUUCCUAAAGCUAGAGGUGAAUCCAAUGGUGAUGUUCAGGAAACAUUCAUGUUUCCCUGUCAGCACUGUGAGAGGAAGUUUACAACCAAGCAAGGCCUGGAACGCCAUAUGCACAUCCAUAUAUCUACUAUCAACCAUGCUUUCAAGUGUCGGUACUGUGGAAAAGCCUUUGGCACUCAAAUCAACAGGCGAAGGCACGAGCGACGCCACGAGUCGGGACUGAAAAGGAAACCCUUCCUAACACUAACAUCUUCACAACACUUGGAUAACGUUAGUGAUAACCAAAUCAUUGUGGAUGAUGGUCUUAAGGACGACCUGAACACUUCAAGUCUAGUGCAAGACUCUGUUGUCUUGGAUUCAGAGAAGGUUUCCCAAGAAUUGUCCAACGCCACUUUUGCUGAGGAAAAUAAGGAGCCAAAAGAAUUGCAUCCAUGCAAAUACUGCAAAAAGGUUUUUGGAACUCACACCAACAUGAGGAGGCACCAGCGCAGGGUGCAUGAGCGCCAUCUUAUUCCCAAAGGGGUCAGAAGAAAAGGAUUCUUUGCUGAAGAGCCACCUCUUCAGGUGGAGCAGGCCCCAGCAGUCCAGAGCGUGUACAUAGCAAGCACAGAGAUAGAAGAGGAAGGGGAAGUAGAUGAUGUCUACAUCAUGGAUAUUUCCAGCAAUAUCUCUGAAAAUUUAAAUUAUUACAUUGAUGGCAAAAUUCAGUCCAACAGCAGCACCAGCAACUGUGAUGUGAUUCAGAUGGAGUCCAACUCGGCAGACCUGUAUGGGCUGAAUUGUAUCAUCAGUCCAGUCACGGUGGAGAUAUCCCCAAACAUAAAGGUCACACAGACGCACGUGAGCGAGCCUCCUAAGGAGCCCUCCAGCAGUGGGAGCAGUGAAUCUAAAAAGAGGAGAACUGCCAGCCCUCCUCUGGUACCAAAAAUAAAAACUGAAAUAGACCCAGAACCUGUAACUCCUGCUGCUUCUUUACAUCUCCCGCUCAGCAUUUCAACGGAAAGCUUGCCUUUUCAGAAAGAGAAAGGUGUUUACUUGUCAUCAAAAUUGAAACAGCUUCUUCAGACGCAGGACAGUAAGAAGAUAACUCCAUCAACCGAAAUCCCUAAACUGGGACCUUCUGUUACAGCAUCGCCCAUUUUGCCCCCAGCAUCAGGCAGAUUUAAAAGGAGGACCAGCUCUCCACCCAGUUCUCCACAGCACAGCCCAGUACUUCGAGACUUUGUCAAAUCAGGUGAGGGAAAAACUGUGUGGAAUGAUAAUAUCCGGAGUUCAAAAAUGCCAAAGUUAGAAAGCCACAGCAGCUCACCUGCUUGGAGCCUGACUGGACGGGAGGAGAAGGAGGCUCUGAGCCCCCAUGGCUUUGAAGACUACAAAAUGUCAAAAGAAUGGACAGCAGCUCCAGCUUUUGGCAGUGUCUGCAACCAGCAGCCGCUGGAUUUAUCCAGUGGUGUGAAGCAAAGGUCUGAUGUUAAAACCAAGAAUCAAGUUCCCUGGGAAUCCGUUCUAGAUCUAAGUGUGCAUAGGAAGCCUGGCAGUGAUGCUGAAAUUAGGGAAUGUAAAGAAAAUUCUGUACAGCCAACCUGUAGUGGUGGUAAAAAGAAGAAACCAACCACAUGCAUGUUACAGAAGGUCCUCCUCAAUGAGUAUAACGGCAUGGAUGCAGCCGCCGACGGCACACUCGGCGAAAACACAAGCGAGAGCUCGAGCAAAGCCCUGGAGCCUCAGGCAGAACCUGAUGUGGAUCCCAGCCUGUCUGCAUCAUCUUCUGUUGACACUCAGCCCCUCAGCUCCUCUGCUUCCCCUGUGCCACAGGCAUCUGCUGUCCCUCCCGUGUGCCAGUUGCCUCCUUUGUUAACACCAACCAAUCCUCCUUCCCCGCCGCCCUGCCCGCCUGUGCUAUCAGUUGCUACAUCACCGCCUCCCCUCCUUCCACCAAUGCCCUUACCAACUCCAGAUGUCUCUGCCAGCGCAACUAACACUUCGUCCUGUCCAUCGCCACUUUCGAACACUACUACCCAGUCCCCUCUACCAGUUCUUUCACCUACAGUUUCUCCUUCUCCAUCUCCUGCUCCUUCUGUUGAACCUCUGAUUUCUGCUGCUUCACCUGGUCCUCCCACACUCUCUUCCUCAUCGUCAUCCUCCUCUUCCUCUUUCUCCUCCUCUUCAUCUUCAUCAUCCCCCUCUCCACCUCCUCUCUCUAUAGUUUCUUCUGUUGUUUCCUCUGCUGAUAAUCUUGAGAAUACUCUCCCGAUGAUAAAACAGGAAGAGCCUGAAACUGAACAACAGAAGGUGAGAGAAGCUCCUCAUACUUCAAGUGAAUCAGGAGGAGCGGUGCAGGAAACAUUCAAUAAAAGCUUUGUGUGCAAUGUCUGCGAAUCACCUUUUCUUUCCAUUAAAGACCUAACCAAGCAUUUAUCCAUUCAUGCUGAAGAAUGGCCCUUCAAAUGUGAAUUCUGUGUACAGCUUUUUAGGGAUAAAACUGACUUGUCAGAACAUCGCUUCCUGCUUCACGGAGUAGGAAAUAUCUUUGUUUGCUCGGUCUGUAAAAAGGAGUUUGCUUUCUUGUGCAAUUUGCAGCAGCAUCAGCGAGAUCUCCAUCCAGACAAAGAGUGCACACAUCAUGAGUUUGAGAGCGGGACUUUGAGGCCCCAGAAUUUUACUGACCCCAGUAAGGCGAACGCGGAGCACAUGCAGAGCCUGCCGGAGGAUUCUUUGGAACCUUCUAAAGAGGAGGAAGAUGAUGAUCUAAAUGAUUCCUCUGAGGAGCUUUAUACUACUAUAAAAAUAAUGGCUUCUGGAGUGAAAUCUAAAGAUCCAGAUGUUCGUAUGGGCCUCAACCAACACUACCCGAGCUUUAAACCACCUCCGUUUCAGUAUCACCAUCGUAAUCCCAUGGGCAUCGGAGUUACUGCCACAAACUUCACUACCCACAAUAUUCCACAGACUUUUACCACUGCCAUUCGAUGCACAAAGUGCGGGAAGAGUGUGGAUAACAUGCCCGAGUUACACAAACACAUCCUGGCCUGUGCAUCUGCCAGUGAUAAAAAGAGAUACACCCCCAAAAAAAAUCCAGUGCCACUGAAACAGACAGUGCAGCCUAAGAAUGGCAUGGUGGUUCUAGCUGGCCCUGGAAAGAAUGCCUUCAGACGAAUGGGUCAGCCUAAAAGACUGAAUUUUAAUGUUGAGAUUAGCAAAAUGUCCUCAAAUAAACUGAAAAUAAGUGCAUUGAAAAAGAAAAACCAGCUUGUCCAGAAAGCUAUCUUGCAAAAAAAGAAAUCUGCCCAGCAGAAGGCAGAACUGAAAAAUCAGCCAUCGGAGUCAGACUCUCACAUCUGCCCCUACUGUAACAGAGAGUUUACUUACAUUGGGAGUUUGAACAAGCACGCCUCUUACAGCUGUCCCAAAAAGCCCAUCUCUCCCUCCUCUAAAAAGAACUCCAAAAAAGCUGCAAGCUCUUCCCCUGCAAGCAGUGAAAAAAGCAGCAACCAGCGCAGGCGAACAGCAGAUGCAGAAAUCAAAAUGCAGAGCAUGCAGCCUCACUUGGGCAAGACCAGAGCGCGAACCUCAGGACCUGCACAAAUCCAGCUCCCCUCUGCCUCCUUCAGAUCUAAACAAAAUGUCAAAUUUGGACCUUCCAUGCGAUCCAAAAAGCCAAACUCUUCAUCACUGAGGAACUCUAGUCCUGUCAGGGUGUCCAAAAUGGCCCACAUUGACGGGAAAAAAGCUAAGGUGGUGGCUAAGAACAGUUCCGCUGGGAUCUCCAGCAAAGCCUCCCGGAAGCUACACGUCAGGAUACAAAGGAAUAGUAAAGCUGUUUUGCCAAGCAAGUCUGCUGUGGCAAGCAAGAAAAAGGCAGACAGGUUUGCUGUGAAGUCCAGAGAGAGGAUUGGAGGACCUAUCACACGGAGCCUCCAGCAGGCAGCAAAUGCAGAGGCAGCAGAAAACAAAAGAGAUGAAAGCAGUGCAAAGCAAGAACUGAAAGACUUCAGGAAUCUGCUGUAAAAACAAACCCAAACAAAAAUCCCUUAAUGACAUGGUAGAGCUGUUGCAUGCUCAACUUAGGAUAAGCACUACGGCAAUGGAUGUGAAAUCCACCAAGCUUGCGAAACCCACUGAAGCUGACUCACACUCAUAAAACUGCCUGCAGGCUUCUUGCUAAUACUCCGUGUCAGGCCCAGAUUUUCUUAUUUCAUGCCUGAGACGUGCUGGGCCACAGGACGAUUCAGAUAAAAGAGAGGGGUACUACUCAAAACCAACCCCACAGCAAGCCAUCAAAAGAAAGAGUGGUGUUAACUAUACCAAAUCUUUUGCUCGUGUGUCUGCUUACCUCCUGGUUUUGUCCAUAAGCGUCCGGAGUCGCAGCCAGGUGGUUCAGUAGUGUUCUUGGCAAAGCAGCUUCCUUGAUUCUGUCAAUGAUUCAGUGUAGAUUCAGGGACAACAAAUGUUGCACUUGAAAGUAUUUGUGUCAUGUACGACAUCUCUUAAGAGCCUUUUGUCUAAAUGAAUGAGUAGAGGCCAACCUAGCACGACCCAGUUUCCUUUUCUUCUCCCUUUCUCCUCACUUUGAGGCUUUUAGAUGUCCAGUGUACAAGGGGAAAAAGCCUGAUUUGGAUGUUCUAUGGAUUCCCCCCCCCUGUUUCCUAUUUAUACAUGAAUGAAACUUUCUGUAGCAAUGAAAUCCUGAUAGCAGUUUCUAAAUACCAUAUAUAUAAUGAAUGCAGUCUAUCUUUUUAUCGAUGAGCCUAGACCAGGACUCCAUGCCUGUAUAUUUUGAAAGUUAAAUAUCUAAUUCCUCUGAAAGGGUUGUACACCUCUUCUCUAAUAACUUAAGGCAGGAAAAGUGGUUUGGUUCUGUUGUUGAUAACAGCUUUUGAUCCUGGAAUUACCUUUGUCAUGUGUUCAUAGUCUCAAGAUCAGUGACAAGAAUUGAUGAGAAGUGACUACGUUUCUUUAUACAGCCACCCCCCUUUUUUUUUGUUUGUUUCUUGUUUGUUCUUGACUUUAAGAAAAGUAAUCUACCUCUUAAAAUUUGUAGUUUAAUACUUGUCUGGUGAAUUUGUGCCACUUUUGCUCUCACUAUCAUUCCCAUUUUGUUACAUUUCUGUUAUGGGGACUUUCUGUUGAAAUACUGUAUAAAGCGUUUGUAGCAAGUUUAAAAGAACCAACAAAGCAACACAACCCAACCAAAUAAAAUAUUUAAAAUUA